UGCUCCUUUCCUAAACCUUAUGUUAUCCACUGCAAAACCCCUGUAUCACUCACCAUUUACAAACCCUUUGAGCUCGCAUUUCACAAAUCUCUCUCAUUUUCAUCUUUAUGUUGAUUUCUUGUGUGCUUGAAUAGUCUUACAAAAUAUCAUUUCUUGUUUAUUUUUGAUUGACUUUCAUGGAGCUCUCCUCACCUUUCAAGCCUCUUUCAAACCAUCACAUACAUGAUUUCUCAUUUUCAUCCUCAUUUUCACCUUUUCCAUACCAAACCCACUUUAAAAAUGUGAACUUUAUCAACCCCUCUUCAUCAAAAUUUCGAACUUUUGCAGUGGUAGCAAACCCUCAAGAACACCCUCUAAAUAGCCCUCAAAGACUUCUUAAAGAGCUUGCGGAGCGUAAAAAGAUUGUAUCCCCCAAGAAAAAGUUGCCCCCUAAGAGAUUUAUUCUUAGACCCCCACUUGAUGACAAGAGAUUAGCUGAAAGAUUCCUUAACAGUCCACAAUUGUCACUCAAAUCAUUCCCUUUGUUGAGUUCUUGUUUGCCUUCUUCGCGACUAAACAAUGCCGAUAAGACUUGGAUCGACGAAUACUUACUUGAGGCUAAGCAAGCACUUGGGUAUCCAUUAGAGCCAUCUGAUACAUAUGGGGAUGAUAACCCUGCAAAACAGUUUGAUACUUUGUUGUAUCUGGCUUUUCAACAUCCGCAUUGUGAGAGAACUAAUGCAAGGCAUAUAAGGUCGGCACAUUCUAGGUUGUCGUUUUUAGGAGAGUAUGUGCUUGAAUUAGCUUUGGCUGAGUUUUUCUUGCAGAGGUAUCCUAGGGAGUCACCUGGUCCAAUGAGGGAGCGAGUGUAUGCUUUGAUUGGAAAGAGAUAUCUUCCUAAGUGGAUUAAAGCUGCUAGCUUGCAGAAUUUGGUGUUUCCGUUUGAUAAUAUGGAUAGGCUAGUCAGGAAGGAUCGUGAGCCACCAGUAAAAUCUGUAUUCUGGGCUUUGUUUGGGGCUAUUUAUUUGUGUUUUGGCAUGCCGGAAGUUUACCGCGUUCUGUUUGAAGUAUUUGGAAUGGACCCUGAAGCUGAAGACUGCCAGCCUAAAUUAAGGAGACAACUCGAAGAUGUGGACCAUGUCUCUGUAGAAUUUGAAGAAAGAAAAAUUAGUUGGCAAGAUGUUGCUACUUACAAGCCUCCUGAAGAUGCUCUUUUUGCACACCCAAGGCUUUUCCGCGCAUGUGUUCCACCUGGAAUGCAUAAAUUUCGAGGAAAUAUAUGGGAUUAUGAUAGCCGACCCCAUGUUAUGGAAAUACUGGGAUAUCCUCUUGCAAUGAAGGAUAGAAUUCCAGAAAUUACUGAAGCCAGAAACAUAGAACUUGGACUUGGGUUACAGCUGGCUUUCUUACACCCAUCAAUGCACAAAUUUGAGCAUCCUCGCUUUUGCUUCGAGCGACUCGAAUACGUUGGCCAAAAAAUCCAGGAUAUUGUUAUGGCUGAGAGGUUGCUAAUGAAGCAUCUGGAUGCUCCAGGGAGAUGGUUACAGGAGAAGCAUCGGCGUCUCGUGAUGAACAAAUUUUGCGGUAAGUAUUUGAGAGAAAAGCAGUUACACCGCUUUAUCAUAUACAGUAAUGAGGUCCAAGACCAGUUUGAGCACAACCGCAGACUGAGAAAUCCAGCCACAACUUCUGUUCAGCAAGCAAUCCACGGUCUGUCCUACACUAUAUAUGGGAAACCAGAUGUAAGGCGACUAAUGUUUGAGCUUUUUGACUUUGAGCAAAUCCAACCCAAAGCUGUCGUCUGAGGUUCCCUCCAGCUUUUCAUUCUAUACCAACAGAUUGAAGAUAGCAUUUUGAGGUAGUCCAUCGUUUGCAUAUGGUGCUGUGAACAGAGCCAGCAUCACAUAUGUAAUUCAGUGCAAGAGAUAUGUACGUUAGAGGUCGGAUACUUAUUGCAGAUUGUGGAACACUUGACUGAUCACAUUACAAAAGCAAGAAGAGUGUACAUAUGUAUUAUUUACGCAGUGCAAGAUUUUUUCUUUUA